AUGAGUGAACGUGAACAUUUGUUGCCUCAUCACGGCCAAGAGGAAGAGGACCUGACCUUCAUGUCAUCCUUCAAGCAUACACUCUCCUCUUCCAAGAUUAACUGGCUCUUGGUGUUUGUUCCUAUCGCCAUCAUCUUUUCUGGUGCUUCAGACACUGUUGUCUUUUCAUUGAAUUUCAUUGCCAUUAUCCCACUCGCCAAGCUCCUUGGUUUUGCUACCGAGGAAAUUGCACUUAGAUCUGGUUCUGUUAUUGGCUCUCUUUUGAACGCUACAUUUGGUAAUGCAGUUGAGCUUAUUCUUGGCAUGAUUGCUUUGAAGGAAGGAUUAGUGCGUGUCGUUCAAGCUUCUAUUUUGGGUUCUAUUUUGUCAAACAUUCUCCUCGUUCUUGGCUGUUGUUUCUUGUUGGGUGGUAUUGGUCGUUCCGAGCAAUCUUUCAACGCUACUGCUGCACAAACCUCCACUUCUCUCUUGGGCCUUACUGCUCUCUCUUUGUUGAUUCCUGCUGCUUUCAGCGCAACUGCUGCUCAUACAACUGAAGUCGAUACGGGUAUCGUCAAUCUCAGUCAUGGUACUGCCAUCAUUCUCUUGGUCAUCUAUGUCUUGUAUUUGGUCUUCCAACUCAAGACUCACUCCGAGUUGUUUGAAGAUGAAGCUGAUGAGGAAGAGAAGCCUCACACCACGCUUGCUUUCUCUGUUAUUUCUUUGUUGGUCAUUGCUGGUUUCAUUGCUAUUCAUGCUGAAAGUCUUGUGGGCGCUAUUGAAGGUGUGGUUGAGGCUUGGGGCUUGAACGAAACCUUUGUGGGUCUCAUCAUCUUGCCUAUUGUCGGAAAUGCUGCUGAACAUGUCAGCUCUGUCACGUUUGCUAUGAAGAACAAGAUGAACUUGUGUAUCGGUAUUGCCAUCUCUUCUUCUCUUCAAAUUGGCCUUUUGGUCUCCCCUGUGCUCGUCUUGACUGGCUGGGUAAUUGAUGUCCCCAUGACAUUCUUUUUCGAGAUCUUUGAAACUGUUGUCUUGUUCUCCAGUGUUUUGGUUGUCAACUACCUCAUUGCUGAUGGCAAAUCCAACUGGCUCGAAGGUGCCUUGCUCUUGGCUUGUUAUGCCAUUGUUGCAUUAGCAUUCUUCUAUCAUCCCAUUGUUUAA